AUGGAAGAUCACAUGAUAUAUAACUACAAUUACACUAGGUGUGCACUUAGUUUUUGUAACAACACUUACAAGAGAACUCCUGAAGAAGAUCAACUAUCGUUUUUCAGAUUUCCUGAGGAUCCAGUAAGAUGUGCUAUUUGGGUUGAGAAUUGCGAUUCAAAAUAUUUGCCAAAUGUAGACCUGGAAAAUCUGAAUAAAAGAUAUAAAUUAUGUUCAGUGCAUUUUGAAAACCGAAUGUUCAAUUUCCAAAAGAAUAGACUCUUAUCCAAUGCAGUACCAACAUUAUUUAAAAAUAAACCCCCAGUAAUGACAACAGUUACAUCGCAAACUGUUUAUGAAACUAUUACAAUAGACGAUGACGUCCCACCAGGUAUCCCAGUUGAUGCUCAAACGUCUUGUUCCAAAUAUGGUGUAUUAGAUAAGAAUAUUAACAAAAACUUGUUUGAUGCACCAUCAACUACAGGAUUUUUAAAAAAUUCAGUAUGUCUCCAAACUCCAAAUUACUUAUCAGCCAAAUCACCACGAAAACUUAAACUUAAGAAGCAACUAGCUGAAGAAGUCAAUUUAAAGAAGCAAUUAGAAAAAACUGUCAAAGAAUUAAAAAGGCAAUUAGAACAAACAAACUCUGAAGAAAAUUGUCUCAAAUUGUGUGAACUAUAUUUACCCUCAACAAUGUAUAUGUUGGUAAAAAAUUAUUUAUCAAACAAAAAUAAAACACCAAAUGGCCAACGACAUCUCAAUGAAAUAACACAAUUCGCACAUACAGUUCAUCAUCUUGGACCCAAAGCUUAUUAUUUCCUUCAAAAACAUUUUACCCUUCCUCAUAUGCGUACUUUAAGGAAAAAAACUGUUCAAAAUGUUGACAAAAAUAUUCAAAACAUAGUUCAAAAUGACCAUAGGUACAGUAAAAUUUAA